AUGACAGGUCUGACUAUCGAUGUGUUGAACACAAGUGUUGACCAGUUUUUGGCCAUACCUUAUGCCGAACCCCCGGUAGGGGUACUCAGGUUUGCCAAACCGGUGCCACUCAGACAUCCCAUUCAAGACAUAAUAGACGGCACAGAAACUGGAAACUCGUGUUAUCAACUAAUUCCUGACCUUUUGAAGCCUUUUGUGGGCAAUUUAACACUAAGUGAAGACUGUUUGGUAUUAAACGUAUGGACACCACAUGUAACCAAGAAGUCGGCACCAAAAGCACCCCUAAAACCAGUCAUGUUUUGGAUACAUGGAGGGGCUCUUAUAUUGGGCUCAUCUUUCCAAGAGAUAUACAACGGCACAGCUCUGGCCACCAAUAAUGUGGUGGUUGUGUCCAUCAAUUAUAGGUUAGCAAACUUUGGUUUCCUAUACGGAAAUCGGGAGGACGCGCCCGGAAAUGUCGGCUUUUAUGACCAGUUGUUGGCUCUUAAAUGGGUUAGAGAAAACAUCCAUAAGUUUGGUGGAGAUAGGGAUCAGAUCACUAUAUUUGGUGAGAGCGCCGGCAGUUGGUCCGUAUCCGUACAGCUAUUGUCUCCGCUAUCCAAAGGCCUAUUCAAAAGGGCUAUUAUGGAGAGCGGCGCCCAUAUGUUCAAUAAGGAUAGGGAUAUAAAAACAGCGCCGGAAGCGUUAAAUGAAGCCAAACAAUUGGCCGUAGAUUUCAAUUGCAGUAAAACAUCGGUUGAAUGGUUAGAAUGUUUGAGACAAUUAAACGCAGAAGAUCUCAAUGAACACAUCGGCGAGGGUUUUACUGUCGCCACACUCGGCACUGAAUACCUCCCGGUGUCCGCACACCAGGCCUUUCAAACCAAACAAUUUAACAAAGAUCUGGAACUGUUGGCCGGUGUGUCCAAACACGAGGGGUCAUCUCUAUUGUCGACACUCAUUCCGGUUGUGCCCAAAAAUAUAAGCGAAAAGGAGUUUCACGAUUACGCGCAGGGAUUUGACUCAAUGUUUCAUAACCUAAACGCCGACAAUAUUACCACGUUUUACAUGUCGUCCAUCAAUAAGUCGGAUCCCGAAGCAGUCAAAUGGCAAUUGUAUGACCUCUUCGGCGAUCUAUUGAUAACAUGUCCGACACAUCAGUUUGCCGUCAAUUAUGGCCAACAGUCGGCCGAAAGUAAUGUAUAUUUCUAUGAACUGACAUAUCAUAGGACGCCAUCAAAACCGGGUCCAGACAUGUUUGGUGUCACUCAUGGCGACGAAUUGCAGUUUGUUUUCGGUCUACCAUUUCUUUAUCCACAGAAAACCGAUACAGAAAUAGACAAACAGUUUAGUCGGGAUGUUAUGAAAAUGUGGACCGAUUUCGCUAAAUAUGGGAAACCAACUGUCGAUUGGCCUAAACUUAUUGACAACAAAGUGAAAGAUUAUGUGCCGAAAGCCAAAGAACUCAAUCCAUACAAACUUUGGCAUAAUUUCAAUAAUUUAUUCAAUACAACUUGCGAUGACAACUAUAAUACGAUGUUUAACAUUGAAUACACGGUUUGUAUUGAAGUGAACACAACCUCUGGUGUAGUGAAAGGUCUGACUAUCGAUGUGUUGAACACAAGUGUUGACCAGUUUUUGGCCAUACCUUAUGCCGAACCCCCGGUAGGGGUACUCAGGUUUGCCAAACCGGUGCCACUCAGACAUCCCAUACAAGAGAUAAUAGACGGCACAGAGACUGGAAACUCGUGUUACCAAAAUGUUCCCGACUAUAUGAAGGAUUUUGUCGGCAAUUUAACAUUAAGUGAAGACUGUUUGGUAUUAAACGUAUGGACACUACAUAUGAACAAGAAUUCAGUACCGAAAGCCCCCCUCAAACCGGUCAUGUUUUUUAUACACGGAGGAGCUCUCAUAUUGGGCUCAUCUUUUCAAGAGAUAUACAACGGCACAGCUCUGGCCACUAAUGAUGUGGUGGUUGUGUCCAUCAACUAUAGGUUAGGACCGUUUGGGUUCCUAUACGGAGAUCGGGAGGACGCGCCCGGAAAUAUGGGCUUUUAUGACCAGUUAUUGGCUCUCAAAUGGGUUAGAGAAAACAUCCAUAAGUUUGGCGGAGAUAGGGAUCAGAUCACUAUAUUUGGUGAGAGCGCCGGAAGUUGGUCCGUAUCCGUACAGCUAUUGUCUCCGUUAUCUAAAGGCCUAUUCAAGAGGGCUAUUAUGGAGAGCGGCGCCCAUAUGUUCAAUAAAGACAGGGAUAUAACGACAGCGCCGGAAGCGUUAACUGAAGCUAAACAAUUGGCCAAACAUUUCAAUUGUAGUCAAACACCGAUUGAAUGGUUAGAGUGUUUGAGACAAUUAGACGCCGAAGAGCUAAAUAAUGCCCCAAUUGGCGCGGCUUUUAUUGUCGCCACACUCGGCACUGAAUACCUUCCGGUGUCCGCACACCAGGCCUUUCAGACCAAACAAUUUAACAAAGAUCUGGAACUGUUGGCCGGUGUAGCCCAACACGAGGGGUCGUCUAUAUUGUCGGCACUCAUUCCGGUUGUGCCUAAAAAUAUAACCCAAAAGGAGUUUCACGAUUACGCGCUGGGAUUUGACUCAAUCUUCCAUAACCUAAAUGCCGACAAUAUUACCACGUUUUACAUGUCGUCCAUCAAUAAGUCGGAUCCCGAAGCAGUCAAAUGGCAAUUGUAUGACCUCUUCGGCGAUCUUAUGAUUACGUGUCCGACACAUCAGUUUGCCGUCAAUUACGGCCAACAGUCGGCCGAAAGUAAUGUAUAUUUCUAUGAACUGACAUAUCAUAGGACGCCAUCAAAACCGGGUCCAGACAUGUUUGGUGUCACUCAUGGCGACGAAAUACAGUUUGUUUUCGGUCUACCAUUUCUUUAUCCCCAAAAAACCGAUACAGAAGUAGACAAACAGUUUAGUCGGGAUGUCAUGAAAAUGUGGACCGAUUUCGCUAAAUAUGGUAAACCAACUGUCGAUUGGCCUAAACUUAUUGACAAUAAAGUGAAAGAUUAUGUGCCGAAAGCCAAAGAACUCAAUCCAUACAAACUUUGGCAUAAUUUCAAUAAUUUAUUCAAUACUACUUGCGAUGGCUUUUGGAAACACUAUUAUAAUUAA